CCAGCAUCUUGCUGUUAUAUCUCCAUCUGAAGUCUCAUUGAUGAUGUCAUAUACGAAAUGGAAAACCAAAAGAACACCAAAUGGGAAGGUUAACUUGAACACAACAGCUAAGCUUUGUCUGUGCAUCCUUCUUUGAAGAAAACCAACUCUUGACGUUUUCUAUGUUUAGUUCCAGUAAACUUGCCGAUGAGGCCAUCCUCCACCUUUAGAUACUGAAGAAACUACCUAACUACCUAGUGCCCAGGCUCCUCAGCUGUUACCACCACUCAUGUAUACCUUAAGGAUCUGUAGCCAUGAACCUCCUACUGCUCACUAAUGAAUACAGUUAAAUACAACUCCUCUCCCUCUCUUUUAUUAUGAAGGGUCAAAUUUUACUAUGCUGUAUCUGACGGCUUCCGGGGAUUCCUGUGUCUGAGUAGCUUUUUUUUUAGAUAUAUCUGACGGUUUCCGGGGAUUCCUGUGUCUGAGUAGCUUUUUUUUUUUAGAUAAGGGUGAUAUAGAUUACUUUUUGUGAUUAGGUGCUACUUAAGGGAUAUAUAGACGACUUCCAGGGGAUUGCUGUGUCUGAGUAGCUUUUAUUUUUAGAUAAGGGUGAUGUAGAUUACUUUUUGUGAUUAGGUGCUACUUGAGGGAUGUACAGACGACUUCCGGGGAUUCCUGUGUCUGAGUAGCAUUUUUUUUUUAGAUAAGGGUGAUAUAUAUUACUUUUUGUGAUUAGUUGCUACUUAAGGGAUUCGAACCUGAGACCUCCAGGUUCAAGGCUAGUGGUAUUACCACCACUAGACCAAACCCUUGUUUGUCCUGUGUCUGAGUAGCUUAUCCUGAAGUAUUUUGGUUACUGAUGAUGGAUUCGGAAUAUAGACUUGAAAUAGAUUAGUAGGCAGAAAGCAUAUAGGUAGCUCAACUGGAAUAGUCGGUUACUCAUCUGAAUAUAUAUGUUACUUCAGUAAGUGCUUAUUGGAGUAAAUUGUUGGCAUUGCUCUGCUUUUGUUUAGGUAAUCUUACUCCUGUUUAGUUUCAACUUAUGCUUAUCUAAGAAAAUCUUAUUGAAUGUAGGAAACCAAUGUACUAUACUUUGUAAAGCUCAAUGCUGCCAUUCGCAAAUGGGCUGAGAGAUGCUCAUUUUUCUUAAAUCCUAGGGUAAAUACGAUAUAUUAGCCACAACUAUUAUGAAGCGGGGAAUUAUAGCCACAACUAUGUAAAUUCAAAUUAUUAGCCAUAACUAUUGUUGCGGGUCAAGAUAUGGCUAAUUGUCGGUUACUAUUAUUGAGUAGGCCACGGCAGCAGCCACGUCGGACUGCUUUUAAUUUAUAACUUUAAAACAUAAAAGUUUAGUCAGUAUUACUAACAGAAUUGCUAACAAAGAGUUAACGUUUGGCUAAUAAUUUGAAUUUUCAUAGUUGUAGCUAUAAUUCGCCACUUCAUAAUAGUUGUGGCUAAUAUAUUGUAUUCACCCUAAAUCUUAUACCAGCAUGCAUGUAAAAGACAUUUUACGUAGAAUUUGUGUAGCCCUGCUGUCUACUUUUACGUCAAAAAUACACCUACAAGGUUGUAAGAUCCCGUCGGCAAUGAUCUCUAAUCUUGAAAACGGCCAGGGUGACACAUAUCGACUAGCAGAGAAGAGUGGAUAUUCUUCCAUCUAGCCGUGUCUCACUUGCCAAUAUAAUUCUCAUUGCCAUAUCUGGAAUGCUUGUCUGAUGUCAACAUUAUCCGCAUUAAUUUAGAAAUUUACGACCAUUUUCUCUCUUCCCCCCCCCCCCCCCCCCCCCCCCCCCCCCUUUCCUAAUAGUAACCACUUGCUUUUAGGUAUGUGGAAAGCAUUCAUCUCUAUGGAUUUCUCUCUGUUUGUUAAUUGAUGGUGAUGAAUUGCAGAUAUGUAGGGAUUUUAGACAGUAGUUAACGAUCAAUCCCUUCGUUGGUGUGCUCAUAAAAAAGUAUGUUGGAAGCACAACAUCUGGAACUUACUUAUCAAUCUGGAAUAUGUUCUGUUUUUUGUUCGUUAGAUCCUUAUAUUAUUUUCUGCCAGCAAAUCAAUGACUUCAAAAACAAUGUUCAAGUUUUUACCAGAAUGGCUUUUGCAAAUCGUGAAUAUGACUUAACCUAGAAGGAGAUCUUUCAGAUCCUGAUACUUCAAUCUUUCAUGCAUGGGUUACUUGCUUAAAGCUCAAUGUUUAUAUUCUCUUUUGAGUUGAAUAGGGAUCAUAAAGAAAACAAGAACCGUCAUGGAGUGCUUACAUCGCUUUUGCAGGGAAUGCAUUGACAAAUCAAUGCGAUUCGGGAACAAAGAGUGCCCGGCUUGUCGUACCCAUUGUGCAAGUCGGCGUUCUUUGAGAGAUGAUCCUAAUUAUGAUGCUUUAAUUGCAGCUUUAUAUCCUGAUAUUGAUAAGUAUGAGGAAAAGGAAUUGGCUUUCCAUGAAGAGGAAAGGACUCGGAACAAGCAGAUACAAGCAUCUAUAGCCCAAAUAUUUCAAAGGCAGUCAGAAGCAUUGGCGAGGAGGCGGAACAUUGGAAAAGAAUCACCUGCACAAUUUGCUGCCAGAUCACAGAGGAACCUUCGAACUACUCAAUCAAGGAGACAGAGAAACAGAAGAAGUAUGGAUUAUCAAGGAUCUGAAGAUAUGGAGGAAGAAAAUAACGAGGACAAUGUAGACGGCAAGGAUUCGUCCUCUGCUGAUGAACGAUCUCCAGAAGUUAGGCCGAGAAGACGAAGGGGACGACCAGGGCUGAGGACCUCUCAUCCGCCUUCUUCAUUAGGAGUGAACUCUGGAGGAGUUACUGCUGACAAUAAUGAUCAAGAAACUAGCCGAGAACACCAGGGAAUGUCUCUCGUGCUCCCAUUUAUUAAUACUGAAAUGCUUAAUUGGGGGAGGGGCGGCACGAGGAGCAACACCCGGCAUGGCGCUGCUAGUAGCAGCAAUAAUAGGCACAUGCGAAACAGUCGCAUAUCAAAGCUGAUGGAGCAUCUUAAAAAUACAUCAGUUGAAGAAAAAACUGAGGAAGAGGUUUUGGAAGAAGUUGAGUUGAUCGGAUAUGAGAUGUGCUUUAGAAAGAAAAACAUAAUUGAAAGUGACCUCACUUGCUAUUUUCUGUUUUCACAGUCGGAUUUGAAUCUGAUAGUACUUCCCCUGGAGAAAGAAUCCUCACCAAGUUUGGAACAGCCUUAUUUUCGCUGCCGAUCUACCUCGUCUAUUGGACAAAUCCGGGAGUUCAUUGCUCAGAAAUUGUCACUGACUGCUGAAGAAGUCGAUCUCUAUUUGGUGGCUGAGUUCUAUGGCAUGCUUCCCACCCUUGAAACUCCAUCUUCCAAGGAUGGCCUGCAGGUAUUGGUAAACAACGAGGAAACAUUAGCAAUGCUAACAAGAGGCCAUGCUGACUUUCCCACGAGCUACCUUCCCAGAAGUUGUUUGAUGAUAGCAUUCAACAAGAAGCUGAAGGUGGAGCGGGAAGCUGCUGCUAGUGGAGGACGAAUGGAGGCUGAGGCAGCUUCUGGCGCCAAGUUGGAAGUAAAGGAGGAGCAAUAAAAAGAAAGAGGCUUCUGGAUCUGGACGAUGAGGCGUGUCAUACAAAUACUGUAGCUUUGUAAGUUAUGGGUUUGCAGUAUAAGGACCAAAACUACAGGCAAAAAGUUCAUAAUCCUUCGACAUUGAGGCUUUCGUGUUGUAGCCUGCAGGUCUCUUUAUCAAAAUUGGAAGGGCAGGAAUGUGUAGGACAUUUCUCUCGCGUUUCAAUUUAUAAUCCGCGGAGAAUGAAGCCUAGUCGGCAUAGCAUAGGGUCCAGUUUGUUUCCAUAAGGACUUACCAGUGUUCAGUCUGUUGCACAGAAAUAUAAUCGUCAUUUUCUGUAAUUGCUGAAUUAAUCAAGGAAGUCAAGACAGCAGAACAUAGCUACUUUCCUAUUAACUGAACCAACCCCCGGGCGAAGCAAGGAACACAGUGGUUGUGGAAUGAGCUCCUCGUCGUGAAUAGCAGUCUAGCCGAGCUUGGAAAAGCCAUCGCCUCGAAAGGUGCGUGCAAUACGAUCUCUUGCCAUUGGAGUCGGACUUGACUAAGAAAUCAUAGUAGCCAAGCUAGCUCCCACAGCAAGGUAAUGCCAUCGUCACAUCA